UUCAUAUACUUAUUAUUUAUUAGAGAUAGACCUUAGCACAUACACAUAAUCAAAACUUGUGUCUCAGUUCCAAAAUUCUGAAAUUUUUGAUUCUCUGUUCAGUUGCAAGUUCGUAUCGUUAAAAACAUUUGGAAAAAUAGGAAAGAUGUUUCCUGUUCGUAAUAUUACUUCGAUUGCACCACCUGCCAUUCGGUUCGCUCGAAUGUGCACUGGAGCAAUAGGUGACCUGGGAUCCGGAGCUGGAAAAGGUGGCGGUGGUGGUGGCGCUAUUCGCGACGCCGGUGGUGCCUUCGGUAAAAUGGAAGUUGCCCACGAAGAAGAGUUUUUCUACAAAAAGCGCCAAGAACAGUUGCACAUGUUGAAGGAGAAGCUAAUCGAGAAGAAGGAUUUCCACGCUGAAUCCAUUAAGCAUCACGAGGAAGCCAUUGCUAGUCAUAAGAAAGCCAUCGAAGAGUUAAAGAAGGAAUAAACAUAACAUAUCAACUAUGCAUGAAUCCAUUGUGAGUGAAGCAUUUUAUUUUUUAUCUGUGGAAAAUAUUGUUUGCUUAGAUAUCGACCUAUUUUCUGUUUAGAUUGGUCAGUCAAUAACUUGUGAAUAAAAAAUACUUUCCGAUAAAAAGUUUAA